CUAACGGGGAAGAAAAAGCAGGAAUUGGGUUGAAACCAGACUCGAGCUACGUUUACCAUGGCCAUACCUGCCAGAUAGGUGAAUGAUACCGGUGGAAUAUCACUGGAAAACCAUGAGAAUACCAUACUUUACCACUCAAAUACCAGUCAGGUACGCCGUUCACAACUGCCCUGGGCUGCACCGGAUUCGGUAUUGUGUGUACUCUGGCCCCAGUCCCGAGUCCCCCUUGGUAAACUCGCGGUAUUUAUAGUUACCCAUUUGACUCGGUACUCCGUACGGUCAUACCCGAAAUCAACCAAACCAAAAUAACCAAACACAACGGGAAAUCUCCACCCACGGCGCCUCCUUUCCUGCUCCCCCAAACUUCUUAUUCCUUCUUCCUCUCUCCUCUCCCCCCCCCCCAACCCGUCCACUCGUUCUUUCCCUUGUACUUCUUACUUCUCCCCUUCGCUGAGGAGACUCUUUUAUCAUCUUCUUUCCACUCGUUCUCCCCUCUAAUUCUCCAUCCAUUGAAAUAAAAUGUCUUUCGCCAAGUACAUCCUGCCCGCGCUGGCUGCCAGCCAGGUGGCUUUCGCCGCUAGCUGCGGUGACACCACCGUCUCCUCCCAGUCCGAUGCCGACGGCAUUGCCACUUGCUCCAAGCUGAAGGGUGACAUUACCAUCUCCAAGUCUUACUCCGGCUCCCUCUCUCUCGCCGGUAUCGAGACCAUCACCGGUUCCAUCAUCUGCAACGGUGGUGAGAACGUGACCGACAUCACCGCCGCGUCCCUGACUUCCAUCGGCGAUGCUUUCGACCUGGAGGGUCUCACCCGCCUCACUGAGCUUUCUUUCGCCGAGCUGAGCUCCGUCGGCUCGAUCAAGUGGAGCGCCCUCCCCAAGCUCCAGUCCCUCAGCUUCACCACUGGUGUCACCGACGCUGGUGAUGUUGUCAUCCAGAACACCGGUCUGACCUCCCUGGAUGGUAUCUCCCUGAAGACUGUCAACCAGUUCGAGAUUGAGAACAACCGUGAUCUCCAGAAGAUCAACAUCAACAACCUGCAGAACGCUACUGAUCUGAUCAGUUUCUCCGGUAACUACGAUCAGCUCGAGAUUGAGCUGCCCAACCUCGGCACUGGUACCAACAUGACCUUCCGCAACAUCUCCAGCAUCUCCCUUCCCUCUCUGGAGAAGCUCACCGGUCAGCUCGGCUUCUGGGGUACUGAGUUCACCACCUUCUCUGCUCCCAACUUGACCACCACUGGUGAUCUCGUUUUCAACGACAACUCCAAGCUCUCUAACAUCUCCAUGCCCGUCCUGAAGACCGUUAACGGUGGUUUCACCAUCGCCCGCAACGACAAGCUCUCCACCAUUUCCCUCCCCAAGUUGGAGAAGGUUACCGGUGCCAUUGACUUCAGCGGCAAGUUCAACACUGUCGACCUUGCUGGCUUGACCGAUGUCGAGGGUGGCUUCAACCUGCAGAGCACUGACGGCACCUUCAACUGCUCCCACUUCGCCAGCAUCCGCAAGACCGUUAUCAAGGGCACCUACGAGUGUGAUGCCAGCAGCAGCAACCCUACCACCUCCAACGGCAAGUCCGGCACUUCCUCCAGCUCUAGCAGCUCCAGCACUUCCACCAGCUCUGGUGCCGCUGUUGUCAACGGUGCCAGCAUUGCCGUCGGUGGUGUUGCCGCCUUCUUCUACGCCGUUGCUCAGCUCCUGUAAAUGGAGAUUUGACUCAUAGUUGAGAAGGAGGAAAGGAGUGUUGUUCUAUUUUUUGUGUUGGAAAGAUUGUAGAUGCAGAGUCCCACCAAGCAACGGUUCAAUUUUUGUCUUUUACACUGCUGUUUCUCAUGAUAAUAAUUCCGUCUUUAUGGGGAAAAAUUCGCAUUAUGGAUUUCUGUCCUCGGAAGACCUUGUCACCGUCCCAUCGGAAAGGAGUUUUCUUUUUUUACUUUAUUUUAUUACCCC